CCCACCGAUUCUGCUCUUUGCCGGAACCCCUUGGAGACGUUCGUCUGCUCUAGCUUCUCCUGCUCUCCUAGCUCUUGGAUCGCGUACAUAAGAGGUGUUCCCCAGCCACGUCAGGGGACGUUCCGUCUCCAUGGAGAUUAAACAUCCGCAAUGUGGACACACGGUACUUGGAGAGAGGACAGGUCGGAAUCGUGACUGUACGUAAACGAGUCCGCCAAGUGGAGAAGAAGGCGACGCGACGCCCACGCGCAGGAUUGGAGCCUUACCAAAGAAUGCCGGUCACUGUUCAAGAGGAAUGAAAAGAAAAGAAAAGAAAAGAAAAGAAAAAAGGCUCACAGUCCUAGCUGGCAUCUGCUCGGAAGAACGGCCAUAGGAAUCCGUCGCAGUAAACUUGUCCUUUUUGCCCUUUUCCCAUUGUUGAUGUAGUCGACGUCCGUCCAAGAUUGGCCGCAAUACGAACGCCGUCGCCUGUACGGUCUUGGGCUCAGCUGCGAAACUAGCCGCUCUGGGAGGAUGCAUGACUUUUCUCUGUUUGCCAACGUCCUUUCUGUAUCGAGUCCAUGUGAAGUGCGAAAGGCCGUCUUCACAGUUACCGGUCUCGCUCAGGAAGUCCGAUCGUCGAUCACGUCGCGCGGUUCUCGACGAUGCGGAUGCAGACGUGACGCCGGCACGAACAACUACACGGGGACAGGACGGGUAGCGACGGAGCACGACUUUCUUUGAGCGUUUCGUCGCAAGCGUCUGUGCAAUAUCAUAACCACAUCAUGGUGGGCUUAGCAGCACGGGAGAGGAGAAGGAAAGGGCGAAGAAAAGCACUCUGCGCAUGUUUCGCGUAAUACUACUCAGCAGAUCGUUGGAGACAUUGCGUCCAGCUCCUUAAACAAAGGCUGGGCAUUCCUGGCUCGCGAUUAAAACGAUGACCAUUCAGCAUCCCAACACGUCGCGAUAUCUAGACGUUGUCCACCCGCCUCACAGCCUCUUUGGUCAAACUGCAGCUCCUUCUCCGAGAUGAGCUCGCCCACCAGCGUCAUUGUCACUGAUCCUCGCGGGCACCUGGAGUUGAUCUGGACGAGACAUCAGCUCCCAUGAGCGAGUUCGCACCUUAUGGCAUUCGAAAUCGAGCUUCACGCCUAUAGCGAUUGGCAUAACGUCGAUCACGUGCGAGAAGCGGAAGUGUCACUUCCAGCUCUCGUCAGAAGGUCUCAGUUCAGCGUUCGAGCCUCCUUGUCUCGAUGAGAGACGACCCUUGGGGCUGCCUACGCCAUUAUUUCGCCUCCGUAUGAAAUCCGGUAGAUGGUGCCGGGUGCGGCGGCCGUACGCAUGACCCCAACGAGGCCGAUGAAAAAGGCGCUUGGAGAAUCGAGAGCUGAAGGUUGACCCCGUGCGCCAGGCGCGGAAAGUCGCACCUUUUUCGUCUCUCAUGUCGAAAGCAUUUCGAGAAGUAGAUCCGCUGUUGCUUUAUAAAGUACAUUGUCGUUACGCCUUCUAUCUGAGCAUUCCUCCGCCCCUAGGUGGACACGGUCCUUUCCUUGACGGAAAGGGCGGCUUGACGGUACUACAGGCUACUUGGAUCUACCAAGCGGACACCGUCGAGCCUUCCGACUGUAGUGGAAUCGAUGUAGGCAAAAAAACACGUCGAGGAGAUGCGACUUACCUAGCCAAAGUCUGCCCUCAGUGUUUGACUUCCAAAAAGUCUGGACGCCGUUCCUUCAGCCACGAGCAAGCGCUCUCAAAUGCGGACGACGUCGCUCCUCAACGUCUCCAUCAGCAGGCGGUACAUCGUUCGAAUAAGCCGGCACUCCGAGCUUCACCAUACAUGCUGACUUCUUUCGGGAAGGACUGCCUCUACCGUCCGGUCGUCUCCCUACUCACUUGACGAGAUGAAAAGGCCGGCCGAAGCAAGAAACGCCGUGAAUCCGGUCGAAGAUGUGGUUAGCCCUUUGUUCGAUCCAGAUCCAGAUGUCUACUUAAUAAGCGCAAGAAUAGGCCAACAGAGGCUGACGAGCAUUUUUGCAGAAAGGGUAUCAUUGGACGGUCCCUGCCGCGAGAACGCGUCGGCCGAAGGAACCGAGCCGUCAACGCAACACCGAUCAACAGCGCUGACGCAGCUGCCCCGUCGCCAACGGAUCACAAAGCACGCUGCUGCACCGGCCACGACCGCAGCACGACGCCGGGACACGCAUGCGUCGCCGCCAC